CAGUAAGCGCCUAGAAAUGAAUCUAUAUAUAUGAACAAUAUAGCCGCUAUACGAGCGGUUGUAAGGAAUGGGAUGGCGGAGAGACGAUGUCUUGGAUGUUGAUCUCCCAGGCAAACAUCUGGGUAUCUUGGUCCCUUGUCCCACUUGCGUAUGGAGGCACUGCUCAGCCACAACGUCAUGACAUGAAACGAAUCUGUGACCUUGAGAUCUACCCCGAUCCCAUCUCUCCGCGCCAAUAAGGACAAAGAGUAAACUAGGCUUUUACCUUUAUAAGUGCUAAUAAAAGAGCAGCUUUUAAGGUAUAUCUUCUCUUGUUCGCGACUUGCAUCUUGGAUCUUCGUUAGUGUGUGUUUCGAAGUUUAUAGCGAGUUUCCCCAUAUCAUCUGAGAUCGCACUUCAUCCCCCCCUCUCUGACCUGGCAACAACACCACACGAACUCCAACAAUGUCUACCACGGACGCCCAUAUCCCAGCACCAGCUGAAGCGCAAACAGGCUCCAGCCCAGCAGCGACAGACUCCGCUCCAGCAGCUCUCACCGCCGCCGCUGCACCAACAACCACAACUGCCCCGCCAGCAACAUCAACCCCCCCUCCGAAGAUCUCCCUCGACACCUCGAGCCAUAACUCCGAGCCCGCCCUCGACUUCGCCGGCGACGUCGACACCAACAACAUCCUCCCCACCCAAGCCACCCUCUCGAAAAUCGAGGACUACCCGGUCCUCGACCGCGACGGGAAGAGCAUCCCCUUCAAAUCCCUAUACACCGGCCCCAACGUCCCACGCCGUGUGCUCUUGAUAUUUGUCCGACACUUCUACUGCGGCAACUGCCAACAAUACCUCAAGGCCCUCUCCGCCUCCAUCACCCCCGAUGACCUCCUCCGACUCCCCGUCCCAACCUUCAUUGCCGUCAUCGGCUGCGGUGCCCCCUCGCUAAUCCAGAUGUACGCCGACGCUAGCGAGUGCCAAUUCCCCAUCUACUCCGACCCAACGGCGAAGCUAUACUCCGAGCUAGGUAUGACCCGGACGCUCGCUCUGGGCGCGCGGCCCGAGUAUCUGCGCCGCAGCAUGGUGGCCAGCACCCUUGCCAGUAUUGUGCAAGGAAUAAAGCAGAUUCCAGUGGGACGGGCGCUGGUGGGCGGAGAUAUGCAGCAGGUUGGUGGUGAGUUCUUAUUUGAACCGGUGGGUGAGCUGGCGGCGAGCCCGGUGACGCCAAAGGUAGGAGGGGAGGAGGAGAAGAAGGUGGUUUGGUGUCAUCGGAUGAAGAAUACGAGGGAUCAUGCAGAGGUGCCGGAGUUGAGGGAGGUGUUGGGGCUGGAUGGGUUGGGGGUGCCGGGGGAUAACGCGAAGAGGUGGAUGAAGGCUGUGACGGAGAGGAAGGGAACUGGGUUGAGUGCGAUGGGGAGUUUGAAUGAGGGGGGUAGUGGUGUGCUGGUUGGAGAGCCGAAGGGCGUGGUGGAGGGUCAGUAAGUCAAGCAAGCAAUACCAAUUUGAGCAAUUUCGGAUGUAGCAGAAACAAUGAAGUAAAGUAUUUGCCAAUUCACAAACAAGACGCUUAUUUUGAUGCUGAGACCCGCAUAUUUGUAAUUCAGCUCAAUCAAAAUCAAUCUAGA